CACUAUAGACCACACGUUUUCUUCGUUUCCUUGAAAUCCUUUUCACCAAUUACCAUCAUCAGCUGUGAGAGUGUGAUCUAUAUGAAUAUAAAAAAGUUAGAAUUCCCAUUACACAGUGAGUGGGAGACAUUACUCACUAGGCCUUACAGUGACCAAUAUAUUCUUUUACUUUCUCUCUUUUUGUCUCUAGAUUCUUAUUGAGCAAUAUAUUUUUCUCUGUUCUUGAUUCAAGAAUCAAAAUCAUCAAAGACUCAUGGCAUCAUCAAAAUUAUUACAUAGGGAUACUGAUGAUGAUCAGAAGAUGACGACUCUGUUUUCUCCUUACAAGAUGGGCAGAUUCAAUCUAUCUCACAGGAUAGUAUUAGCUCCAAUGACAAGAUGCAGAGCAAUUGAUGGGAUACCAAGAUCAGCUCAUGUUGAGUACUAUACUCAGAGAGCUACUCAUGGUGGAUUUCUCAUCUCCGAAGGGACUGCAAUCUCUCCCACUGCUGCAGGGUUUCCACAUUGUCCAGGGAUCUACACUGAUGUGCAAAUUGAGGCAUGGAAGAAAGUGGUGGAUGCAGUUCAUGUUAAAGGCUGCAUAAUUUUCUGUCAAUUAUGGCACGUCGGCCGUGCAUCUAAUCAAGUUUAUCAACCAGGUGGGACUAGUGCUCCUAUCUCAUCUACUAGUAUGCCAAUUUCGAAAAGAUGGAGAAUUUUAAUGCCAGAUGGGUCUUAUGGCAACUACCCAAAUCCCAGACCAUUGGAAAUCCCUGAAAUACUUGAAGUUGUGCAGCAUUACCGCCAAGCAGCAAAAAAUGCUAUCCGAGCAGGUUUUGAUGGAGUUGAAAUCCAUGGAGCUCACGGGUACCUUAUCGAUCAAUUUCUCAAGGAUGGGAUCAACGACCGGACUGAUGAAUAUGGUGGAUCCUUGGCAAACCGAACAAAAUUUUUAAUGAAAGUUACCCAAUCCGUAGCAAUAGCCGUUGGUCCAGACAGAGUCGGAGUUCGGGUGUCACCUGCAAUUGAUCAUUUGGAUGCAAUGGAUUCUGACCCCUUCCACCUCGGGUUAGCUGUGAUCAAGAACCUUAACAACCUUCAACGAGAUUUGGGUAACCAAAAACUAGCUUACCUACAUAUAACUCAACCUAGAUAUACAGCGUACGGGCAGACAGAAUCCGGCCGACCCGGUACAGAAGAUGAAGAAUUAAGAUUAAUGAGAGCUUGGAGAAAAGCAUAUGAAGGUACAUUCAUGUGCAGUGGUGGGUUUACCAAGGAACUGGGAAUGGAAGCAGUAGCCAAUGGUGAUGCGGAUCUAGUAUCCUAUGGUCGUUUAUUCAUAUCGAACCCGGAUUUGGUAACCAGAUUUAAGGUUAAUGCACCCUUAAACAAGUAUAAUCGAGCUACAUUUUAUACACCAGACCCAGUUGUUGGGUUUACUGAUUAUCCGUUUCUCGGCCAAGAAAACACAAAGAAAAAACAACCGUUAUCGCGUCUUUGAUUUUGCAUUGCUGAGUUUACUAUUGCUAAUUGUGUAAUCCAGUAAUGCAGCUAUAUACUGAAUAACUGAAAAGUCGGAUUGGUCUAAUGGUCUACUUUUGUCCUUUGAACUAUAGUUGGAUAGGCCUUAUGUUUUUCCUUCUAUGGCCGGAAGACUUGCAGUUGUCCUUCAUUUUAUUCUGAUCGUAGACUGUUUGUUAGUAUCUUCCAGAAAUGUUAAUUAAGAAUUGUUGGUAAGCUAGUGGCGGAUAUUUUCCGAAAAUGUUAAAUUUUCAAAUUAAAGUAUAUACUAUAUAUAUAGAAGAUCAAACCAGCCUA